UCGUCUGCCAAUCGCACCUUUCACUCCUCGGCCGUGCUUCUGUCACAUACGCGCAGCCUGCACCCCGGUUCCCGCUGCAGCGCUUUAGGCUGCUAACAGUAUUGACUUCCUUUCGCACUCCUUUUGACCACUCUCCUUUACCGAACCUCCGCAGAAAUGUCGAUGCACACACCUACCCUCUGGGCGCGGCUUUUUAGCCAAACCGCCCGGAGCAACUGGAUGUGGAGACAAUUCGUGAAGUACUCCCGGUCUCAUGUCAUGUCCGUCCUCGAAUCUGGGAUUGUACGGGGCCAACUCCUCGUUGAGGACCAUGAAGGCAAGCAUGUCUACGGCGAGUCCGACUGUCAGCGCCCGGUUACGAUGACCAUCCGCUGCGACGACGUCUGGGCGCGCAUUGUAUUGUCCCUCGACAUGGGCUUAUCUGAGGCGUACAUGAGCGGAGACUUCGACAUCUCUAGCUUGAAGGACAUGUUCGAUCUAUGGAUCGAGAACCGACACACUUUGACAGGUCUUACAACCCUAUUGAACACUGUUACGUCCUACAUGUCUGCCUUUGCUAUCUUCGCCCUAGGCAAGCAGAAACCCUCAAUGGCGCUGAAGAAUGUGCAAGAGGCAUAUGACACCAGCAACGAGUUCUUCCAGUGUUUCCUCAGCUCCGAGAUGAUGUACAGUUGCGCCAUCUGGAGCGAUGCCGAGGGCGGCAUCCGGGGUGACCUCACCUCGCGGGGCUCGCAACCGGACGACUUGCACAACGCACAGAUCCGGAAGAUCCACCAUAUCCUCCAGAAUGCGCGCGUCAAGCCAGGGUAUCGCCUGCUCGAGAUCGGGACGGGCUGGGGCGCCAUGUCAAUCGAGGCCGCGAAGCUCGGCGCCAUCGUCGACAGCGUCACUCUGUCUGUGCAGCAGAAGGUGAUGACGGAGAAGCGAGCGGUGGAGGCGGGCGUCGCAGACCGUGUGCGCGUGCACCUGCUAGACUACCGUCAGCUGCCGGAGGACUUCAAGGGCCAGUUCGACUCGUUCGUGAGCUGCGAGAUGGUCGAGGCGGUUGGACUGCGCGACCACCACACGUACUUCAAGGUGAUCGACUGGGCGCUGAAGCCUGACCGCGGCGCAGCCUGCAUCACGGCUACUGCCAUGCCCGAGUUCCGCUACACAACCCUGCAGCCAGAUGACUUCGCGCGUCACUACCAUUGGCCUAACACUUUCCUUCCAAAUGCGACGUACUUCCCUAUGGCCGCUCAGCAAGCCGUCCCCGGGCGCCUUAUUCUUCACAGCGUCGAAGACCAUGCGAUGCACUAUCCUCGCACGCUCCGGGAAUGGGGCUACCGCCUAGAGAAGAACUUCCAGGGUGAGGUCGUCGAAAACCUGAUCAAGGAGCACCCGCAGCUUGCCGACCCGAAGAGCCUCGAGGCGUUCCGCCGCAAGUGGUUUUACAUGUUCGACUACGCCGCUGCGGGAUACGCGAAGGCUUACACCGCUUUGAACUGCUGGACGUUCGCGCGACCGGAGUACCCGAUUGACCGCUGCGACUAGAGUAGAUCAGCCAAAUCAGACCUGUGUAAGGCCUCCCUCCCCCUGGACUUGCCUUUGUAGUGAGACCGAGUUGUCUCCCUUUUUUGUUACCUUACAUCCACUUCUCCACCUAGUUCACUGUCACUCGUUCAUACUCACUGUUAUCCCUUGUAUCUUAACACUACGCUUUUCUAGAUUACUGUAUUGUUUUUUUCCAGUUAUCGUUGUGCUUGGUUUGUGUACCCGUUUUCAAUGGAUUGUAUACCCGAACAUGUACCAGUGUCAUUGCGAGUGCACGCUAUGGGUGGUAUCGUAGGUCUGGAGCGGUGAACUUUCGCAGGUAUUGCUCGGUGCUGGAGGUGAAGCGUCCGCUGAAGGUGUCGGG